GAUGCUGUCGGCUGUGUCGGGCCGGUCGGAUCAGCUGGACCAGUUCCCUCAGACUUGCGUGUUGAAGUGCACGACGCUUCCGGAGCUCCGUGCCCGGUGAUGUGUUUGUGUUUUCUCUGACUGAUCAACAGUCCCGGGGCUUUUCUCGCCUGGUUUAACGGAUUUGGACUGAAUCUUUGUUCCUCCUGCGGCGCUGUGUCCUCGGAUGUUGUAAGGGCAGGACGAUAACCGAGUAGAGCAUCUAUGAUACAAGUUUCCUGCUUCGGGUCCUACAACGUUACUCCUCUAGGAAUGAAGACGGAGCAGCGGAUGUGUGCCGCGUGCUCGGAGCCUAUCACCGACAAGUACUUGCUGCAAGUGAGCGGUCGGUCCUGGCAUGCCCACUGCUUACGCUGCUGCGUCUGCCAACUCGCCCUUGACAGACAACCCUCCUGCUUCAUUAAAGACGACUCCAUCUACUGCAAGGCCGAUUAUGCCAAAAGUUUCGGCGCCAAGUGCUCCAAGUGCUGUCGCAGCAUCUCGGCGAACGACUGGGUGAGGAAGGCGCGCGACCACGUCUACCACCUGGCGUGCUUCGCGUGCGACGCGUGCAAGAGGCAGCUGAGCACCGGUGAGGAGUUCGCGCUGCACGACGAGCGAGUCCUCUGCAAGGCGCACUACCUCGAGACCAUCGACGGCACCACCACCUCCUCGGACGAAGGAGGAGAUUCGGAGAGUUACCACAGCAAGAGCAAGGCCAAGCGGGUGCGAACGACGUUCACCGAGGAACAGCUGCAAGUUCUCCAGGCCAACUUCCAGCUGGACUCCAACCCGGACGGACAGGACCUGGAGCGAAUAGCGCAGAUCACGGGGCUCAGCAAGCGAGUGACCCAGGUGUGGUUCCAGAACUCCAGAGCGAGGCAGAAAAAACAUCUGAACACCGGCAAAAUGAAGUCUUCCCACUGUCAUGGAGGGUCGAUGGCGGGCAGAGAUCUGGAGUCAGGGCAGUUCGGUCGUCACAUCAACCUCCACCUCACCUACUCUCUACAGCAGCAGUCCAAGGUCUCCCACAUCUACUCGUCUCAUCACCCAAUAUCCGAACCGUCUUCGCUAGACGAGCUAUCCCAAGACUCCAUGCUGAUGUGUACGCUGAGGGGCGAAGGUGUAUGAGAAGACGCAAGGGCGGGGGAGACUGACUCUGACAUUCCUCCGUCCUUCAAGCAUUCUCCAUCGUAACUGCGUUCCCGGAAUUUACAGUGUGUUCAAUAUUUUCCGAGAGACUCGAUGCUGUCGUAAUUUGUUCCUUCCUCAAUAGUGCUCCAAACCAUCUAAAAGUUUUUUUCUCUUGUGUGAAAACUUAUAGCUUUACAAUAAUUGAAAAAGGUAAUAAUAAGUUCCUUCUCAUAAAUAAAAAAGUUAAUAACUAAAGUAUAUAAAACGUUGUUCUUUAAAUCUUACCACCAAUCACGGUAUGGCUAAUUUAGAAGUAAGGAAUAUGUCAUUAUUGCGUAUGGUUUCUUUUUGUUAAUGUUUUAUUUUGUUAAUAUUUGAGCAAAAAUGCAAAGUCUGAAUCCAAAUUGCUUUCUGGUAAUUGUUGUUCAAAUGUAAUUUUGACUUUGAUAACCUAUUGAUUUGUAGUAUAUUACUUCCUGACCAGCAAAGUCAUAAUUUAUAAAUUCUUGUAAAUGAAUAGUUUCUCAGUUAAAUUGUUGAUGUCUGGCCACAGUCAAGUAACAAAUCCUUCCUACUAAAAUUAGUGUAUAGGACAAAAUUUACAUUAUAUCCAAGAGGAUGGAUGUCCAUUUCAAGGCACUGAAUUAAAAUAACAAAAUUUGUAUUCAUUUACAAACAGUCAAAUAAUUUAGACUUCAAGCUACAGUUAAAAAAAUUUCAGUGGGCUCCUUAAUUAAACUGUAUAGUUAAGAUAAAUUUUCUUACAUUUGUUGAUUUUAAAUUUCUUUUUCCACUGCAUGUCCAUCAAUUAACAAUAAGCUUAUAAUGAGAUUUGGGUACGGUUAAGAUUAAGAUAAGAUUUUAAAUGAAGAACGGAAAGUAUCUUCAUAUUUUAGAUCUGAACAUUACAAAAUGUCAGGAAAGAAAAUGGAAAAUAGGGAAUUAAUUCAAAGCUUUAUUAAUCUGUGAUUUCAAAACUAUAAUGAAUAUUGUAUACAAUAUACAAAAUUCUUCUUAAUAACAGUCAUUUAAAUAUAAAUAAUUGGAAAUUUCUGUAAAAUCUGCGUUUAUAUCUUGUUUACCUAUAAUCCUGAGCAAUGUAACUGUAUAAAACAAUAUCUGCUAAAAUUUCUUAGUUAUAUUUAGAUGUAUUAAUUUAUUUACGAAAGACGCCUGUAAAUAGUGUGAAUAUGUAAAAUACGUAAACACUGUAUGUAUGUAAACCUGUGCAAUGUAGAAUAAUUAAUUAUUGAUUAUUAAAUAAUACAAGUUGAAAAUUA